AUGAAUGAAGCAAAACAAUCAGUUGAAAAACACGUUCAAGUUAUUGCAAGACCAAGACCACUCAACGAAAAUGAAAAAUCUCAGAACUUACAGAGCUGUUUUAGCGUCUAUGAAAGUCGUCGAGAAAUCGUCGUCAACUGUAAAACAACUUCUACACGAUUUUUUUCAUUUGAUCAAGUCUUUAGUCCUACUACAAAACAACAGGAUUUGUACAAAUCUGUCGUUUCACCAAUUAUCGAUGAAGUCCUUAAAGGCUACAGUUGUACAAUAUUUGCAUAUGGACAAACGGGUAGUGGUAAAACUCACACAAUGCUUGGGAAAUUUAACCUUGACAAAUCGCUGAAAGAUAGUGCUGUUCACAUGACGCUUCUUGAUGUUGAUGCAGGAAUAAUGCCUCGAGCGAUCCAGCAACUUUUUCAAGGACUUAAUCGACAACAUUGUGAUUUUACCGUUAAAAUUACGUAUCUUGAGUUAUAUAAUGAAGAAUUACUCGACUUAUUGGCGGAUACAAGUGUUGAACCGGAAAAAAUUAAAAUAUAUGAAGACAAAGAUCACAAAGGCACAAAUAUGAUUGUUGGUGCUAAUGAAAUAACCGUGGAAAAUCCUCAUGAAGCAUACAAAGCAUUAGUCAAAGGCUCUCUACGUCGGGCAACAGCGGAAACUUUGAUGAAUGCUACAUCCAGUCGCUCGCAUUCUAUUUUUACGAUGACAGCAACAAUGAAAGAACAAAAUGGGGAUAUCAAAUUCGGAAAAAUACAUUUAGUGGACUUAGCUGGUAGUGAAAAUAUACAACGAAGUGGAGCUAGUGAUAAACGAGCAAGAGAAGCAGGUACAAUAAAUCAAAGUUUGUUGACACUCGGUCGAGUCAUUACAGCGUUAAUUAACAACGAAAAACAUGUGUCAUAUCGAAUAUUACAAGAUUCAUUGUGUGGAAAAACAAUAACAUCAAUCAUCAUCACAUUAUCGCCAGCAAAUGAAUUUGAAACACUGAGUACAUUAGAAUAUGGCCAACGAGCAAGAUCAAUUCGAAUUCGUCCAGAGCCAAAUCAGUUGUCCACAAAGGAUGUUGCGAAAGAAUAUGCCGAAGAGAUCCGUCGUUUACGCAAAGAGUUGGAAGCUAAACGUGAAGCUGAUGGUAUACCGUAUACACAAUAUAUAACGGUGAAAAAUCAAUUGAUAACACUACAAGCAGUUGUAGAUAGUAAAGAUGUAACAAUUGAUUCAAUAAGUCAACAGCUUGAACAAUACAAGAUUGAAAAUGAAACAUUUCGACGACAACUAUCGACAACUCAAACAGAAUUACGUUCACAGACAGAAGAAAAAAAUGAGACACAAGCUCUAUUACGUUAUCGUUAUGAUGAAUUAAUUUAUGCAACAGAUAAAGCUUUAACGCAUCGUGAUCAAGCAUUGAAAUGUAUGCAAUUUCUUCGUGAUAAUCGAACAAAAGAUUCAACAACUCUUGAACAAUAUACAUCGAAUUGCCGAUUAAUAAUUGAAAAUAUUCAACUACAAAUGACCCAAUUAAAUGAUUCUAUCAAAGGAACGUUUACAAAUUUUGUUGGAUCAAUUGAUAAUGUGUUGAAUUUAUUUCUUAUUGUUCGAUCAAGAUUAGAUGAUUUUAAUACAAAUAUUCGAUCAGUUUUGACAUCAGCAUUUACACAAUUUCAUUCAACACAUACUGAUUUGAACAAUUUCUUCCUUCAGCUUCAGAAAUCAUCGUUCGAAAAACCACAUCAGACUUUAUGGACUAGUUUGUACAAUUAUAUGACAAAUCGUGUGCAAACAACGCUUGCACAAAUGUUAGCGUAUGAUUUUCGAAAUAUUGUAGAAACAACACGAGAUUCUUCAUCCAAUGUACUUUCAUUGGAUGUAGAUGCAAUUAAAACAAAUUGGUUGAAUGAAUAUGAAGUGUUAUUUAAUGAAACGCAAGCUGAUAUCGAAGAAAUGGUAGUAAAUAUCAUUAAUUCAAUUACAAAGCAUCAUCACAAUUUGCAAUCUUCAUCAAAAACACAAAAUGCAAUUACUGAACGUAUUGAAUAUUUAUGUACAAAAUAUAUCCAAGAUAAUCAAGAAUUAUUGUCAAAAAAAUUUAAUCAAAUAUUUGUCAAUAUUAAAACAGAUUAUGAUACACCAUGUGAAACAUUAUUUCAUCUAAUUGAAGAAGACAUGAAUAAAAUAAUUGAAAAUUUGAACAUUAUGAGAAAUGAAGUUGAUUAUUCGCAAUCAUCAGUGGUAGUUAUUAAAGACCAAUUAUCAAAACAAUUUCAGCGUUUUGAUGUUUUAAAUCAUAAUGUUAAACAUGAAUGGAAAUUAAUGUCACAAUCGAUUGAAAAAUUUGAAAAUGAUCUCUCAUUAUUACCAACGUUAAUGAGUGAACCGAAGAGUGAUUUUGAAAUAUGUCAAGAAAUUAAACAGCGACGAUUAUCAGUAACAGAUGAAAAUAAAGAAAAUGUGAUGAAUAUUGCACCUGUUCAAUUAGCACCUCCCAUUUUACAAAAUCGUCACCAGAAUGAAAAUAAGAAAGAAAAAAGAAGAGUAAAAAAAGCAAUGGCAAAAUGGGGAGAAGGCGAUCCUAGGUGGAUUGUUGAAGACCGUCCAGAUGCUACGAACGUCAAUAACUGGCAUUGGGUUGAAAAAAAUGCUACACAAUGGUCGAAAGACAAACUAACUGAAUUACUCGUUGGUUUAACGAUAGAAAAUGAUCAAUUACGUUGUGAUAUAAAAGAACUGAAAAAAUGUGAUGGUGAAGCAUCGGCUAAUAACCGCAAAGCAAAAUUAGUUUAUUUAUACGAAUGGCAUAUUGAAGCAAAAUACGAAGGAUACAUUAAAGGUUCAAAUAAUGAUAAUAAAACCAAGUAUCAAGGAGAAUUAGAAAUUCCCAAUCUUUCUGAUGAAAACUCAAUCGAUGAAGUAAACGUAUCAUUCUCAAUUGAAAAAGAAAAAGCACAAAAAUUUAAAGAAUUAAUGAUUACACAUGGCACUCCCAUUAUUCGACAUCGUUUAGGUGAAUAUGUACGUUUGUUAAAAGAAGAAUUUUCACAAGGUCUAAUCUUGCCAACAAAAGACAAAAUAGUUUCAUCAUCCGUUGAAAGGAAGCCACCGCCAUCGUCCACAACAACAGCACCAAAAACUAGUUUAUCCACAUCGAAUACGACAUCAUCAUCAUCAUCAAAACCAUUACAAACAAAAGAUUUAGUGAUCGAAGAUCAUUAUAAAUGUUCACGUAACGAGUUAUUUCAAGUAUUUACGGAUAGUAACAUGGUUAAAGCAUUUACACAAAACAGUGUUCAACAGUACGAUUGCAAGCAAGGUGGAUCAUUUUCGUUAUUUGGUGGUAAUAUCACAGGCAACUUUCUUGAUAUCAUUCCGUAUGAUACAAUCGAAAUGUUGUGGAGGUUUAAACAAUGGCCUGAUGAACAUUUUUCACAUGUUCGAUUAGAAUUUGUCGAUGAAAAUGAUCAAACGAAAUUAAUUGUGAGACAAAAUGGUGUACCUGAACAAUUCUAUGAUAAUACGAUGGAAGGUUGGAGACGUUUCUAUAUCCAGGCAAUUAAACAAACGUUUGGCUAUGGAGCAAGACUCUUGAUAAUCAUGACUAAAUUAAGAAAGAAUAUGAGUGAAUUGAAUUUAACAUUUCGAACAAAAACCUAUCGUGAUUUAGCACAUAAAUUACGUUUUGAUGAUGCUGAAUCGGCACGUUUAGCUGCGUUCUAUGAAGCAUUAUCUGAUCCAAAUACUGGUUUAAUUCCAAGAGAAAGAUUUCGUGAUUUUUUGAGCACGGUAUUUAAUAUAAGUGAUGAAAUUUUAGAAGAUCGUAUUUUUUCUCUUCUGGAUGAUGAUCGUGAUAUGUGUAUUAAUUUGAAAGAAUGGCUAAAUGCAAUGGGUAUAUUUUUGAAAGCGACCUUUGACGAACAACUAAAAUUUGUUUUUCGUGUUUACGAUGUUAGUGGUGAUGGAAAUCUUCAACGUGAAGAGAUUUAUUCUUUUCUAAGAAAAGAUAUGCCAAUAAUAUCAGAAAAACUACAUGAUUCUGCCGUACGUUCUAUGUUCAUAAUUCUAGGUUUACCAGAGACUAGUAAAAAGCAUAUGUUUAUUCGAAUGUUGAAUGGAAGUACAACUCUCGGAUAUACUAUUCCUCCACCGAAAAUGAAUGAAAUUAAAUUUAGUGAAAUCUCACUUCCUCCAUCACCAUGA